AUGAGCUACGGUCAAGCUGAGCGCGAGAGCGUGUGGCAAGAAGGCCUUAGAAGAAAAGAACAUUUUUUAGGUUGGAGAUUUAUCGUUGGGAUAGGUGGAUCUGCCGUUUCGUUGUUUACCCUGUGGCUUUUAACGGGAACAAUGCUGAGAAGGACCGCGGACGAAAAAAAAGUCCAAGGAUUUGCAUCAAGAGAGAUAGGAGAUAUUUACACACAAGGGACAAGGCUGCACGUACGCACAGCCAAAUGCAACGUAAUGGCCGCUGCCAUCCACAUUGGGCUAUCAAAUGUUGAUACUGGGAUCGUCUUCAACAAUCCUGGGGUGGACAAAGAGUCGGACCGCAUCUCUUAUACUACGCGUUUCCUAUCAGUCAGUUGUGGUCGUCUGAGACUAGGGGGAUUAGGGGACGUAAGUUGGCUUGACUCCGAGGCCCUGAUUCCUUUCCGGUACCUUGUCGCCGAGGAGCUAGGAAAGUAG